AUGGCGUCCAAAAUGGCGGGAGUUUCUUUGGGGGUUGUUGUUUUGGUCACGUUCUUUUCUUCAGGAUGUUCAGAUGGCAAAAAUCAACAACUUACAUAUGACAACUGGCAUCUUAUGCUAGAAGGAGAAUGGAUGGUUAAGUUGUAAGUAUGCUCAGAUAAUUAAUAAUAAACGUAGUAUCGUCAUCGAAUCAUCGUAAGCAAUUUUAGUCGAUUUCCUAGUUGUGACGAAAUUGUAGAACAUCCUGCUUGGUUCGUGGAUUUCCUCGUUUUUUCGGUGCUACUGUUAUAUACGUUUUCAUGAACAACGCUGGAUCCUUUUUCUCCAAUAUUCCUUAUUCACAGAACGUUGAACAGUUUUUUUUUGAUAAUCAAACUUUGAUGUUUUAUACUCGAUCAUACAGUGCUAUCUAUUUCCUAUUCAUUUAAAGAGAUCAAAAGUACCGAUUCAAGCUACAUCCAAUCAAUUUACUUUUGAAAAUCCCGCAUCCUCCAGGAGUUCCCUGCCCCAACCCUUAGUAGCAGAGAUCUGGUUGGAAUGACUGGUCAAAACUUCUUUUACCGGACACAUAUAACGUAAAACAAAAGAUCUCUUUGUUUUCUGUUCAGGGGAGAAUCUGCUUGGUAUUGUUUCAUGGCUUGUUCUUUUGUUUUACAUCAUCUGUGUCCGGUACACCAAGUAAGCGCCAAAUGACCCAUUGCAACAUUCUUGUCUCCCAAUUCACAACCAUUUCUUGUUUUAUCUGAGACAUAUAUACCAAUUAGAAAUAAGACACUGAGCAAUAUAAAAAAAUAGAAACCUUUCUUUUCCUUGCUGAGUCUUGUCUCCUAACUCCAAAAACAUAAAUUAGUAAUAUCUGCACCUACCAUGAAUAUUUAUAUUACUUUCACCACAAAGAAAGCAAAAAAAAAUGGUAAAAAUUAAUUAUAGAUCAUACUAAGUACAGUAAUAUAUGGAAUUAGCACUGCUGUAAUCUAGUUUAAUAUUUGUAAGUAUCGCAUGUAAGUGUGUAAAUUUUUUUUUUUUGGUUUUAUUCAUUUAUUUAUUCUGUCUAUUUUUUUUUCUUUUUUGUGUGUGUUUUACUUGCAAAUAAUAAUAAAAAAACCCAUUCUUAUCAGGAGGAAGGGACAGGGAUCCAAACCUCCUGGAUCCUUGCAUUCCCAGCUCCUGCCCCUUUAUCCCUUUUGGGAUUGUUAAAUAUCAAGCAUUAUUGCAUAAUUUCCCCCUAUUUCUACCGCUUGAGAACUCCCAUCUCUUGCCCUAUCCCCUGGGGGGUACUCUCUUAUUUAAGGACCUAUAAGACACCCCCCCCUGCCCACUAAUGGGAAUGGCUUAGAACAUUAUAUGAAGUCUUACAUGCAGUACAUAUUAUUAAAAUUCGCUUUUAUCAUUUGUAAUGACAAACUAGUCUUUGUCAGUGAAUAAACACGUGCAAAAAUGUCCCAGAAACCAUUCAAUAAAUAAGUAAAAAAGUUGAAUUUUAGAGAAAAAGUGGGCUCAAUUUCAAACCAAAGCACAGAAAAGCUCAAAAGUCCAUUUUUUGCGGGAGAUUUGAUGACUCAUACAGUUGAUCGUGCUGUCAAUCAAACCCAAGUCUUUGAACUCUAAUUUUUUUUACCCAACCAAUAUUGAGCUGACCAGUCAGAAGUCAAAUUUGCUUUCAUUACUGUAAGAGUAACAUUUUAUAUUUAUCUUUUAAAAGCUUUGCUCCUUGGUGCCCAGCUUGUCAACACGUAGCCCCUGUAUGGAGAAAAUUGGCUCUAAAAGCUGAUGCAUUAGGUUUUAAUGUUGGAGAAGUGGACACCACCAAAGAACCUGGUAAUGUAUUGGUAUAACAUAUAGUUUUAGCCAGAGCUAAAAGUGAAGCUACCGUUUAUGCAUUUUAAAUUUACUGCAGACAAUAGACUUAAAACUACUGAAAAGAAUACAAAUCUAUACUAACUUUACGGGAAAAACAUGACUGAAAAACAUAAACUUGAGCCCGCAAUCAAUUAAAAGCUAACAACUGGUCGGCAGAAAACUUUAAAAAAAAAAUGCGUGACCUGAAUGAGUUGGCACUUGAGCCUGUAAUACGGUCAUUUAACACUGGUCAAUUUGACAUUUCGCAUUGGUUUUCCUGUGGUGCGGACAGACAGGUGUACAGUCAUGUGAUUACCAAAAUUUCUCAGAUGGAUAGAUUACCAGUAUUAUUUAUCUUGAGUAUGGGGCUCUGCUCAGGGCUCUCAUUCAUGACAAAAUGACCACCGAAGACAAAAAAAAUUGUUACAUUACAUCGCAAACACUACCAACUACAAAGAUCUUGACACAAGCAAUUUUUUGGUCUUUCUGUGAAUAUGUAGCUUUUUUGGGUACCCUGUGGAGUACACACUUGCUGUCUGCCUGUUUAAGUAAGAUGUGUUUCACCAUUCUUUCGUAGUUAAAGGAAUGCUUUUUUACUCAGGGGCAAAUUAUGUAGGCAGGACUUAAAAAAUAACUCAACUGUAAUGGUUUAUCAUCCACAACCAACUUAAGCAAAAGGGAAGGAGGCCUGAAAAACAUGCAUCCUUGACAGGGAAUUAAACCCUGAUUGAAAGAAGAAAAUCAUCAGUUUAAUCAUUUCAGGUAAAAGGUUUAUGAUUUUGAUGGGUUACUUUGCCAAAUACUUAAGAGUAUUUUAAUUUUUUCAGAGACAUAUCUCCAUGAUAAUAAAAAUUAUAUAUCCCCCUUAAAGCUCUUUUUUUUUUUUGCAUUACAUAAUAUUCUUAAAAUGUUCUCAUUUGACUAUUAACUGUUUGUUUGUGGGUUUUUUUGCAGCAUUGAGUGGAAGGUUUAUGAUAUUUUCGUUACCAACCAUCUACCAGUGAGUUGCUUAUUUCAACUCUUUCUUAACAGUCACCCUUAUAAGAAAGAUACCUCUCUAAAAUGAACAUCUAAAGUUCAUCCCUGCUGUUCUUAAGUCAUUUUCUUUGAGUCUUUAUAAAGCAGACACUGUGCUGUGAUGAAGACAAAAUGAAGUUAUCUUAGAGAGAUUUAACUGUACAGUCAAACUGUUAUUGCGUAGGCUCUAACUAAGUGGCCACCAUCUAUUUAGUGGCCAGAGUCCUAGCAGACAAUGUUAUGGGUAAAUCACUGGGCCAGAACCUUUGUUUAGCGGUCAAACAUUCUCAAGCAGCCACUUUUCCAUUCUCUGAGGGUAGCAAUCUUUAAUAGCAGUUUAUUGUUGGCAUCACUUUAUGUAUUGUAUUAUCAAAAUUGCUUCGGCCACACCAGACAGACUGACACUUUUAUUUUUGUUGUAAGUUGUCAUCAUCAUCAUCAUCAUCUUCAUUGCUGUCAUUAACGUCAUCAUUACGUUCACUGUUACCAUCACCAACACUGGCAACACCAACCUCUCCAUCAGCAUCACUAGUCCUCAUUAUUAUAGUUAUUGUUAUCAUCAUCAUCAUCACCUUCUUCAUCACCACCUUCAUCCCUUGUUGUUCUGUUAUUAUCACCAAAUUCACCUUUGCCACUAUUAAGACAACUAUCAUCAUCAUCAUUAUAUUCAGAAUUGUAACAUUUUAUUUGAUCAUCAUCAUGAUUAUAAAAUUAAUUUUUUUUUUAACUAACACUUUGUUUCUCCCCUCUAUCAGUGUUAAAGAUGGAACUUUUCGAAAGUAUGAAGGUCCAAGAUCAUUGCAAGGAUUUAUAGACUUUAUCAGUGAACAAAAAUGGAGAGAAACUGAACCCGUUCCUUGGUGGAAGUCUCCUAACUCAUUUCUGUACGUAUGUUGUACUAUAUACAGUCAAACCUUCACUCUCCCACUUCCCAUAGGUGAACUCUUCCCAUAAGUAUGUUUUUUCGGUGCCAGGGGUAUCCCAGGGUGAGUUAAAAACUAAAAACAAAAUCACUUUCCCAUUGGGCAAGCUGUUGCUGAGGUUUAGUAGCCCAAGGCAGUUAGUCCUAUUAAUCCCUCUUUUUACUAAAAUUGAGUUACUGUUAAACUGGGGAAAUGUUGCUUGCCUGUCAGACAACUCAAUAAUUAUUUUUGUUAAAAUAUGCUAUCCCAACAGCUAGUUCCACUAGUCCCGGGCUAUCAGACAGCACUUUUGUUGCACCCUGUGUCUACUUACAGCUGGUUUGUACCAAACAUUUGUUGUGCUAAAACCUUAUUAUUAUGACACCAAAGAGACAGAUAACUAGAACUGUACCCAUUAACAAUGGUAACUCUGGAUAAAACUGAUGUUGAUUUGAUUUGUAAGAUAUCUGAAACAUAGUUUUGUCCCCUCAUUAUAUUAGGAUGGCAAUGCUUGGUGUGUUGUUCAAGCUUUCCUUGCUUUUAAAGGUAUGCUGCUUUAAAUAAUUGUGGUUGAUGUUAAAAGUAUUACCGAGGAAAAGUCAUUUGCAUUUCAUCAGAUAUAUUGGUGUCAAUGAGUCGGUUUAAUUUCCUAGUUUUCACAAAGCUAGGCUCUCUGUAUCUCUAUGAUCAUUGUAGCAACUUUUUGAUGUUUGGACAUCCCUGCAGUGGAACCAGUGAUCUUCUAGAUCAAGAAUGUCAUUUUCACGAAGUCCUUGCCAUAUAUAAUGAACAUUAUUCUUCACUCCAGUAAUAGUAAAAUAAUUAUGUGGAAAAGAACUACAAUACUAAAGGGAAUCUUUGAUUACAGAUCCGUGUUCAUCACUUAUGGAAAGGAAAUCGAGUCUAAAGGACUUAGGAGUCCAGUUUCCUGGACGAGAUGCGCUUGAUAAAAUCAGUUGGGGUGGCUAAUAGGCAGUCGUCCGUGACAACAUGAAAAUUUGUGGCUUUGUGCUUCAGGAACACCAAUAUUAGGAUGUGUUCUGAUGAAUGCGAUAAUGAAAUUUUGAUAUAGUGAAUGUAUUUUGUCAGCCCAUUUGUCCUCUGUUAUAUCCAAGUUCCACUGUAGUUGGAAUCCUGGCUAGGUCUACAGAGUUUCUCUUUGUCACAUGUUCCUGACAUGACAUUCAUUCCAUCUUUCUUGUUUAUGUUGGUGUCAACAGGAUUUUCAUGAGCUACUUACAGUCACACAUGGUCUCCCAGUCUGGGCUUCAUAUGCACUUUUUGGCAUUUCUACAGUUCUAGCAGGACUUCUUAUAGGCAUGGUAAACUGUUUAAUUAUUGACCAUAAUUCUCUGAGUUAUAUUUUUGGAGUGGUUAAAACGAAGCAUUUUCUAGUUUGUACUUUGAUAAUGACUAAAGAUACCUUACUGCAAACAUACGUAUUUGAUCGGGGGCUCUGUGGCUGAUCAGUUAGGUUGGUGAACUUAAUUAUUUGGAGGCCCCAAGUUCAAGACCACUUGACAGAUUAUUUUGUUCUCAGGAGUCCAGAGUGUAAAUCCUCUGCCAUCCUUGUAAAUAGCCCGCUGGCUUGCCACUCACUAGUUAGGAUUCAUAACUCUGUUAAGUGUGAUGUAAAUUGUUUCAGGCAUUUGCUUGGCCCCACUAGCAUUAGUUCUAUAAAUACUGCGGAGGGUAAAUAAAGGUUAUUUAUUUUAUUUAUGUUUAUCUUGGUUUUGUUGUCAUUAGAUUAUAGUAGUUGUAUCAGACUAUAUCCUGGGAGGACCUUCUGUGAUCCAGGCCCCUCAAGUGCCUGUUCUGCCCUCAGAAAAGGAAUCUGAAGAGGAGCCUGGUGAAGAGCAUAGUGAACAAUGUGAUAAGGAAGAAAAAGAAGAAGCAAAAGACAAUGACGAUGAGAAGAGCAGUGUGAGGAAGAGGGUAGGUAUCAGGAUUUAUUGUAAAGGAAAAAACUGUGGGGUGCUUAAAUUGUUGACUUGUUGAUCAGGGGAGGAUUCAGAAAAUUCAAAAUGGGAGACAGGACACUUGCCAGUCGCACUUGUUAUUUUCCUGGGAAUUUGUUAAAAAUAAUACAGUCGAACCCCACUUUUUAGACACCCGCUUAAUACAGACACCUCAUUAUUAUGGACAGUUAAGGAAAGAAAGCCCUUGCGUUUUCUCUAAAUUCAACCCACUUAAUAUGGACACCCGGUUAAUAUUGACACUUUCUAUGCCUCUCUCAGUGUCUGUAUUAACAGGGUUUGUCUGUAUGAAAUUUACCAGUGAAAGGAGGGGUGUGGUACCCUUGGACCACCCCUAAAUCCACCCAUUGUGGUGAGAAACAUUGCAGAGGAAAGUUUUAUGUUUAGUAAAACAACAAUAUGGCAGAAAAGAAGUGUUAAAGCUUGCAGCUCACAACUGUCUCACAGACUGGUAUCUCUCAGGGCAAUACACAUGAUGCAAGAUUGGGAAUCUCCACAAGAGAGAAAGUGUUAAAAAUAAGCUUUAAAUUCUAUCUUUGCUUUUUUGAUUUCCAGGUAACUGCUACAACUGACUGAUGCUCUUCUUCAUUGCUAAUAGCAUGGAGAAGCCAAACGUCAAAGCCUUAAAAAAGGAAAAGAAAUGUCAGAUAUAAAUUCUAAAGCGCUGAAGUAGACCCUCCUGGAUUGUAUUAACAAAAAGAUCUGGUGUAUCUUGUGCUGUGGUGGAAUCAUAAUAUGAGCUGGUUUUUCAUAGGCAGAGCUGUGACAUGUAGCAAGUGUCAAAAUAGCAAGAAAUAUCACAAGACAUUAGUAACUUCGCCCCAAGGAAAAAUACCAUUAGGAUCUUAUCUUGUCUUCUCCCUAUUCUUUUUAUUACUGUAUAGUCAAAAACAAAAGCAUUGGUGCUCACUAAAUCCCACAAGUCCCAUACAGUCAUUUGCUGGUGCUCAAGUUCUUCUUUAAAUUAUUACCUCUUGGUUCCUAGCCCCUCUAGGUAACAAAAAAUCAUUAUACCAACUUAACCACAAUUUAGUUUGAUUAGCUACUUCCAUCAGCUGUUUGCCCGAGGACUCUAUGAGAUAUUGUUUUAGUCCUAUCAGUUUCUACAUGUGCAAAGGUCACAAGAAUUGGGAGUUUAAUAGGGCCAUUAGUUUCGUUCGGCAGUAGCCUUCCACCCUGGGCCUUGGAGGUUUUUCCUCACAUGCAGCGUGAUGCUCUUGUGUUAGCUGCAGGCCAACAUAUGUUUGGCCCAGUGCAUGUAGAAUCUCUGGUUGCCAGGGAAGUAAGCCUAAGGCGGUGGAUGAAAUCCUGACCUUGACCUUUCAAAGCUGAGAGCUGGAGUACCUUUUUGGUGAAAUUUGAUAGUUUUUGAAUUGAAUUACAU